CAGCUUGCUACUGUGGAAAACAGAAGAGAGUUGCACUCUGUGGAACAGGUUAGUUCAGCUGCAUCUUAAUUAUUUGGCAAGUUCAAUUUUUGGACACUCUAAACCUUCUGUAUAGAGAGUCUGCGAAUUAGUGUACAAUAUCGUGUUCGAAUCCCGUAGAGUAGCAUGGAUAUAUGUCGGCGUUAUUGAUUGGCUAUUUUCUUUCGCAGUUUGUGAUUAGUCCGAUUUGAAUUAAGCGUUGACAGGCCAAACAUGACUCAUAGCUCGUGACCAGAGAGAUUGAGCUUGUGAUAGUGUGAAACGUGACUUUAGAGACGGUAGUUUCGAAAACGAAGCACUCGAAAACGAAGACCGAAGCACGAAGCACCCAAAACUCGAAAACGAAGCACCCAAAUCUCGAAAACGAAGCACCCAAAACUCGAAAACGAAACACCCUAUCUCGAAAACGAAGACCCCAAAAUCUCGAAAACGAAGCACUCAAAACUCGAAAACGAAGACCCCUAAAUCUCGAAAACGAAAACUCGAAACCACUGUAGGUUUAAUAAGUGCAACUUUACGUCUUAAAUGACGCAAUCCGAAUCAGGUGGAGGCAGCGGAUGCGUCCGCACCUCCAAAGGUCCACAAAAUCCAUCCCAAGGUUUUAUAACCAACUGUUUCACUGAACGUUUCUAGAUAGGAUAUCCUGUAUUAAUUUUAAUAUUAGUCUCGCUAUACUUGAUACAUCUUACCUUAAUAUGCAUUUUUUCGGUACACAUACAUGUUUAUGUAGACUUCAAAACUGUCCGUCAGCAGAUUUUGGCGUAUUCAAGUACGCGUGAGCAGUAACACAAAAGGUCUGAAACGAGGCUGAAAACGGAGUGUGAGGCUCACAGAUUACUCUUCGCGCCACGCUUUACCAACUUCUUUACUGAUUUUGAGAAAAAAAACCGAUUGUUUUGCAGUCUAACAUAUUGGAUAUCUAUGACACUGCGUGAUUAGAUCAGAUCAGAUCCAGGCAGAAUUUGUUCUAGGAUAACAGCCUGAGACCAGGCUCUAUGGUGGGGAACAGGAGAAUUCGUUAUCGUGCUUGAUUCCUGCUGUAUUAGCAUUGGACUGGUGUUUAUAAAGGACAGACCGGUUUCGAGUUUUUGGGUGCUUCGUUUUCGAUCUAGGGUGCCUCGUUUUCGAGAUUUAGGGGUCUUCGUUUUCGAGUUUUGGGUGCCUCGUUUUCGAGAUAGGGUGCUUCGUUUUCGAGAUUUGGGUGCUUCGUUUUCGAGUUUUGGGUGCUUCGUUUUCGAGUUUUGGGUGCUUCGUUUUCGAGUUUUGGGUGCUUCGUGCUUCGGUCUUCGUUUUCGAGUGCUUCGUUUUCGAAACUACCCUUUAGAGACCCCUAGAGUAGCUUGAACGGGAGCUUGAACAACAGAUCGAUGUUUUUCUUGCUCUCUUUUUGCGUAAUUUAUACAGUGCAUGGAGUAUUCUACCAUUUGACUGAGCUAUUUUUUUUUGCCUCUUUGAGUCUCACCUUUAGCUACAUUUGGAGGUUGUGAAGCUGGUCUGUUUCAUACAUAUUGAGUAAUUAGUUCCUGUAGUUUAUUUUUUCGCAAAUGUUUUCUAAGAGGAUUUGAUCACAGAUGCAUAAAUGAUUUUCUUUUACCUCUGACUAAGCCUUAAGCUUCUUUAUUGCGGCUAAAUAACCUAAGUUUCUUUUUAAUUUGGUUUUCAACGAAACGCUUGGACCUGAAUAGCUACAUGUGUAUAGUUUUUUUUUUUUUAUCGUAAAUAACGUGAUGAUUUCUUCAUUUGUUUUGACUCUAGAACUGUCGGCUAUAGAUUACAGAAUACGCAAUAGUACAGCUGCAGCGAUUGGAAGUCGCUGGGAAACCAGCCGACAAAUUUACUAGCAAAUUUUGGCCUUGAAGGAAUUAUCUCAAAGCGUUUUUUUGCUCAGAAGACGGCUCUAAAGUUCGAACUGAUCUUUCAAUUACUGUAAACGAUCCUUGCCAACUCCCUUCUGUGAAUUUUAAUUGACAUGUCACUGCGCCCAACCGUCACGCACACGUAAAAAUUAGGCCAAUCGUGCGGCUUGUAAGAAACCCGUAAGAAACCCGCCUAUCAGAAACGCUCACAUAUGUCCUUGCGACUCUGCAGGAUAUUGGAACGAGCUUUUGUGCACUAAUUCGCAGACGGACUAUACAAUGAAUGGUUUAGACGAGUACGUGGGCCGGCUGCAACGCAGGCUAGAAUGUAGUGAUAUGGAUAACACCCUCCAAGAUAUGCAGAAUUCUCCUUAUGAUGCAAAAGCUGAAUCCAGUAAUAUUGUCAUAUUAGUUAUCACAAAUAAUUGUUUCUGACCUCCAGACCUGCAUGCCUCUGUGUAAAUUCUAAUAUUCAAAACAUUUUGCCUUUUUCUUGUCAGUUUUAGGAUAUGAAAUAUAAGAUCCCUAAAUGAAAUAUGUCGAAUUACACAUCAAAAGUUCUAUAAUAUUCUGCUAAAAUAGAUCACCUUGUAGAGAUAAAGAUAUGGACUUUUCCUAAACAUCAACUUAUCAAGAUAUAAAAAUAAGUAGUCCCAAGAAAUGAUAUUGUAAUGCCACAAUCCUCAGUUAAAAGAUUGCCUUGUAAAUAGCCUGCAAACCGAAGACGCAUUUCCGGUCGUCGGAAAUGCGUCUGCGGUUCGCAGGCUACCUUGUAAACAGCUCAUCUUUAAUUUGCUACCACAUACACUCGUCUCUUUUAAUUUGCUCAUACAUGGAUAUAUAUGGAUAACCUGCAGGUUAGCCUAACGCUACACUCCUCUCCCCUUAUCAACUUUCCCAGAGCUGCAUGGUCCUUUACAAAUCACUUGUGACUGAUCCGAAAACAACAACAAUUAAACACAACAGAGUCCCUAAUUACUGUUCAUAAACAUGCCAAAUGUGUACAGUUCUCAGGAAGUGAAUUGCAUUAACUUGUACCAGGAGCCCAUCAAAUGGAGCCUCCACUUCCCAUACAAGCCCUUGAAGUCAACCCUUUCCCGAGUAGAGUUAUAAUUAGAACUGUUCCCAGAGGAGACUUCGUGCGCCGACAGUGGGAGGAGCCAAUCACAAUGACAAAAUGACAGAGCUAUUGUUCUUCAUCAAACUGCAAGAAAUACGGUGCUGACUGACCAAACAAGAUCAUAAGCUAGUGAAAUGAGACUUAAGCGUUUUCUUCCCUCACAGUUUUUCUUUCUUUUCUUUCUAGCGGGUAGAUUAUACUGUGGAGAAUUUUAAACUUUGACUAUGUUAAUCUUAAUUUUGGCCGCUUGUCUCACAUUAAGGCCAUGAAGCUGGUAUGUUUCAUGUAUAAUUAUUAACUACUUCCUGCUGUCUGUAGUUCUGACAGGAACAAUGGUUUUAACAAUGUUUUUAACCAUUAAGGUUCUUACUUCGGCUAAAUGGAUGUAUUAUAAAGAACGAAAACAGCCGAAGGAUGCUCUUCUUCAUCCAACUUUAUUUAGCCACGUUGACGUACGAGACUCAAGGAAAUAUGACACUUUUUUCAGGAAACAAGCCAUUCUAUUUAAAAAUCUACUGGGGAAAGGGUUGACUCAAGAAAUUAAUGGAAAUGGGGGCUCCAUUUGAUGGACUCCUGGUUGUACUUGUCUAGUUACCUGGACUGUGCUAUAAUGCUUAUCAGUCCGUGAACACUUCAGGUUAAUUAGUCACCCAAGUUCCAUAUUUGACUUUUAGCUUUUGCUGCCUUGAGGGUCUCUUACAAACACUGAAAUCCUUCCCAGGUAAAACUUGUUUAGUCUACUUAACUGUUUGAUGGCUGACAUCCCCCCGGUUAUGAUCAUCUGCAAAAGAAGAUGCCAAUUCUGCACAAGGUUCAUGUUCCCUCACAUCCUCAGGCUUGUCACCAUUAUCAUUCCCAGUGCAACAGCAUUCUGAAGUCUAGCGGAAACAUCAUCCUUGUCUCCUUCCAUAGAUUCUGUUUCAUCAAGCUCAACUGUCUCAUUGACGAAAAGUGAAGAUAUCUCUCUUCCCUCUUCUUUCGGGCUCAACAACUGCAUCUACCUUUAUGGAAUCCAUCCUUUUAGUGGGGGUCCCAGGUAAGGCUUUAAUCUGUCUGAAUGAAUGACCUUUCAGCUUUUCUGGAUCGGUAUGCCCCAUUUGACAGUACUGUAAUUACAAUAUAGGGUCCUUCCGAAAGACAGCCAAGUUUGGCAUUUCUCUCCUUCUUCCUCUGCACAUCAUGCAGGCAAGCAGAAUCACCAAUAACGAAUGUUCUACCAGCAAGCCAUUUGUCAUAGUUCCACUUCUGUUGUUCAGCUGACUUGUUCAAAUGACAUUUGGCCAAAUCAUGCUUACUGGCCAAUCUCUUUUGAACAGCAUGAUCUUAGGCCAUCAGUAGUGGUGAUGCAUCAGGUCUCUCAGUUACGACAUCCAGGUACCCAGCAUUAAGAGGUUGGACAAAACCCAUGUUGACUCAUAAACAGCACCUCGAUAGGUCAUCAUGCAAGCUGGAAGCUGUAGAUCCCAGUCUCAGGUAUUGCAGGAUCCUCCCAUGUAACAUUUCAGUGAAGGUUCCAUAAAAACGCUCAACCUGUCUGUAGAGGUGGUGCAUGUCUUCUCAAUUUCUAACGGCCUACAGACUUCAUCAAACACCUUUAAUUCAAAGUUAAUUCUUUGGUUGCUAUGAAGUUGCAAGGUACACCAAAACAACAAAUUAAUGGAGUAGCUCACAAGCUUCUUUGUAACAGUGGUGGCCUCCUGGUCAGGUAUUGGGCAACUCUCAGUCCAUUUAGCAAAAUAGUCACUAACCACCAGGAUAAACUUGUUCUUUUGUGGGGUUUUAUGGCAGUGGGCCCAGAAUGUCAAUCGUGAUUCAUUCCAUGGGAACUUUCACCACAUACUUCGUAAAAGGAGUAUGUCGUUUCCUUUGCUUCCCAAGAGCACUGAAGGUGUUCUGUACACCACAAUGACUUGUAGUCGCAUGAUUAUGAUGAGUUUCAAAUUCAGUUUGUCGAAGCCUUUGGGGAAGAACAACCUGGCCAUUAGUCAGAUCUCCUCUGUCACUUUCCCGUUUAGGACAAAGCACAACGUUUGUGCGACAACAAGGUCUUCACGACACAACUCUGAGGCAGCACAUCUUCCCACAAUGGUUUUCUAUUUUUGGCCUCUUUCCAUCAAAAAAUAAUCUUCCUGUUCUUCCCUCAAGAAGAUGGAAGUCCAGGUUGGUUCUAACUUGACAGUGGGACAAUGAUCACCAACAUAUCCUUUACAAUUCACAGGUUGUUCAAUUUCCUGGUCAGGGACAUGCAUGGGUACUCGACAUGCAUCACGGUCUGAAUACCCACAUCAAGAGACACUCGUUCCUGUAACUUCCAAGCCUUGCACCACUUUUCAAUGGAGAACACAGGGUCAACAGGAAAGUGUAUCAGCAUUCAGAUGUCACUGCCCUAGGCGAUACUGAAUCUUAAAGUCAAAAGUACCCAAGAAUUCAAUCCAAUGUGCAAGCUGUCCCUAAGGAUCUUUGAUCUGGAUGACAAAGCACAAAGCGGCAUGAGGCAAGAGGAAGGGGAAAGCAUCCUUUAUUUUUAUAUUGUCACUGCAUUCAGCUGGAAAUAGUCCAGGCACAGCCUUUGGCUGCCAUCCAUCUGUUUUGGUUGCCAGCAAAACCUGAAAAGACCAGGGGCUUGGAGAUUCUUUCACCUUUUCCUGAUGUAUGAUGUCACAACUUCUUUAGUUGAUCCUCACACAGAGGUCGCAAGAUGAAACUACCCACAACUAAAUAAGUGUGUUGAGAGUGUAUGAAUAAUGUUUCCUUUUUUAAUAUUUCAUUGUUGCUUUGAAAUACAAAAUGAUGUUGACUUAGAUCUUACCACGCUUAAAGAUUUUGUAUUUGGAAGAAUCUCCAGCACUACUACCUUUUAUAUUCCCGAGAUAUCACAUUCUGUACUCAAACACCUGUCUCAUCGUCCUACAAAAGCCACUCGACUGAAUGGGAUAAGUACACGUCUGUUAUAGGCAGCUGCUCCAGUGAUAACAGAGCCACUUGUGAAAAUCAUAAACCUGUCUCUCAAAGAGAUUCUUCCCUACUUCACAGAAACUGGCAAAAGUUAUGCUGGUGUUCAAGGCCGGCAAUCAUCAUAAUGUUGGCAACCACAGACCUAUUAGCAUUCUGCCCAUGAUGUCUAAGAUACUUGAGUGACAUGUUCAUUUUGCAUUUUACAAGUAUCUAAACUAGCAUGGCUUGUUAUUCAAAUACCAGUCAGGUUUUAGACCGUUCUACUCUUGCAAAACUACCAUGAUUGAUAGCCUGUUAAUGAACAUGGACAAUGGUCUUUUGACAGGACUAUCAAGCACUCUUUGAAAAGCCUUUGACUUCAUUGACCAUUGGCUCUUGCUCAGGAAGCUUGCGACUUAUCAACUAUAAGAGGCAUCGAUACAGUAGUUCAAGUCCUAUCUUGAAGGGCGACUACAGAAAGUCUGCAUUAAUGGUGUGCUAUCCAGCUCCCUUCCCUAACAUCAGGGGUUCCACAAGGCUCAAUUUCUGGGUCCGCUCUUGAUCAUCAUUUUCAUUAAAUCGCAACUUGCACAUCCCCCAUAAUGCACCCUAUUUGUCCCCCAAGAUGUUGCAUAAACUUUGUUUUUCAUUUCUCCUGGCAAUUACAGCCAUCCCAAAAGAAAUUGAAAACAAUGCUUAUGCAAAAUUUUGGGGGGUAAAUCAGGUGCAUUUUGGGAGAUGUGCAAGGGUAAUGUUCUACAAUGCUCUUGUGCAGGCUGUAAUGGAUUACGGUGCCUGCGUAAGGGGAUGAUAGCUUCAUUGGUUAUUCCAAUACCAUGCUCCGCCUUCAGAAGCAGGCUGUUGGAAUAAUAAUGGCUGCUCCCUGGGAUGCUCUUUCUAUGGCUGUACUCAGCAAUGUAAACAUUCUCCCAUUACAAAAGCGAGUAGCAAAGCUAAAGGCAAAGAUGGUUUUUAAGGCAUUUAAUGGUCUGCUGCGCAGCUACAUUGCAGAGUAG